AUGAGGUUGUGGAGUGUUGUAGCUAGUGACACAAAUGUAUUUGAAGUGAGACUAGGAUUUGAGUCUCUUCAGGUGGACUUAGGAGAACAAUUGUGCACUUGUAGAUUAUGGGAAAUAUAUGGGAUUCCAUGUGUCCAUGCAUGUACAGCUAUGAACCACACACAACAACAACGUGAAACACUAAUUAGUUCAUGGUUUUCCAAAGAGAAGUUUGCAGAGACUUACAGAGGCAAUAUGAGGCCUCUAAAUGGUAGUAAAAUAUGGGCCAGGAAACCAUAUGCCAAACCACUGCCACCACCUGCAAGGAGGAUGCCAGGAAGACCUAAAACUAGAAGAAGGAAACAUGUCACAGAGAAGGAUGGAGAGUACAAGAAGAUAAAGUCUGUUGGAGGAACAAAGAUAUGCAAGAACAGUUCGGAGGAAGGGCAUAGCAAAAGAACCUACAAGAAUCCAAGUAAGCCCCAACCUCCAAAGGAGAAGAAAAGAAAGGGUAGGCCACUGACUAAGGAUGGUAAAGCAAAGGCAUAUCAAUUUGUUAAAGGGAUACAUGAAGGUAGUAGCAAGGACUUUGAAGAUGAAGGGCUGCAAGAUGUUACGUUGGUCCAGGAUUUGAAGGGGGAUGCACAUGCUAUAGAUUUUCUUGCAUCAAGAUACUCAGAGGAUGAGGUGUAUCAUGUACUAUAUGAACAACAUUUAGAUGUUGAAGUUUUGGAUGAAGUUCCACCUGUUCUUGAGCCUGUGCAUGAAGAAGUUCUAGAGGUUAAACAAGUUCAACUUGUUCUUGAAGAAGUUCCAUAG